AUGAUGUUGGUUCACGGGAAAAUGGGACGUGAGAAUGGGUAUGUUAACCUGGGCAUGCCCCUUAAGUGUGUGCCCAAGGAUUCUCAUUUUGAAAUUUCAUUUACCCAAAGUAAGAGGCACAAGAAACACGGCACUGAGCAGCUGAGACAGUAUGACCACAAAGGUGGAGAGUGCAUCAAAUUCUAUGUUUUUGCUAUUGGAAAGGAAGCAAAGAUAAUUGUGAAAUGUCCUGAUCUUCGCAGAGAGCAGUAUAAACUCUGUGUUUAUGCCUUCAAAGGAGAAAGCAUUGAGGAUGCCCUCAACAGAGAUGGCAGAUUUCUGACUUUCCCAGAAGAGUGGAAUGUCAUAGAAACGGUGCAUUAUCAUUUACAAAAGACUUUUCUAGUUGAUGACUUAGAAGGCAGAGAAUUUCAGGUAGAGAAACACAGAAGGGUAUCCCCCAGGGGAGCCGCUUCUCAGAGUUGUGAGCUGGAGCAAACAGAAAGCGAUAUGUUAAAACAAAUAUUGGAUAAAUAUCCAAGUUUGAGAAGGGAAGGUGAAAAAAUCAGAAAAAAAUUUAAUCAAGAGAAAAAGGAGAAGAACAUUUCGCGAAUGAGUACCCUAUUUAAGACGCAUAGAAAGAACUUGGAACAACUAACCCAAGAUUCUGUCCCAGUUGAAGUACAUAAAUUACUGGGCCACCUCAGUGAUUCUGUCGGAUACAUGUUUUUGAAAAACAAUGGAAUCUCUCAGGGAGUCACUUGCUUUCUCUUGAGGGAUCACUACAUUCUCACUUGUUGCCAUAUGAUAAACUUACUAGUGGGAAUAAAUGUGGAGUCAACUAUGUGGGCAGAAGCAAUCAGUAAGCAAGCAUGGGUGACCUUUGCUGAUAAAGAUAUUGAUUCAGACUCAGUUAAAAAGUGGUCCAUUGACCCUGAGUUUGGAGUGUUUAACAAAGACUUGGAUUAUGCAAUGUUGAGACUAAAGAAGAAUGACAUUCCUCUUCCCAAGGGUUUACAGAACAAAUGCACUUCUCCACCCCUGAAUGGCCUCUUGUAUAUCAUUGGUUACCCAGAUAAACAGAGAAAGCAGGCUGCCUUUGCUAUAGACAUACUCCCUCAUCGAAACCCUCCCUCACUGCCUUUUUCUGAGCUCGUACUUGUACUGGCAGAUUUCUGUGCCCUACACUGUGCUUGGAAAAAUGUGGCAGCACCCCACCGAUCAGGGCUGAGAGACAAAAUCAUCUUCAUCACCACCAUUGUCUUUGUCAUCUUCAUCAUCAUUAUUGUCCUCUUCAUCUUCUUCAUCAUUUCCUUACCCAGUGCCUUUCUCUAG